UAUCAUUCUAGUUAGUUCUCUACCUCUCUCAUUCUCUUAUAUCAUAGUGCACUCUAUUCAAUCCAACACAAUGGCGACCAUCUUUGAGGAUAAGAGUAUUGAGAGAAAUGACACUAGAGGUACAAUGAGGUUUCCUGGUCGUGCCAACUUAACAAAUCUUCCAUUUGAUUGCAACAACCACGGCCAGUUCGGAAGCUUGUCAGUUACAGAUGAGGGGGGUACUCAGUGGACGCUUACCAUCAGAAAUAGGAACGGACAGGUAUAUUUCACUGAUGGUUGGGAUGCAUUCAGAGUGGGGAAAGGCAUUACAGUUGGUCAUACGAUCUCCCUCUACAGAGAUGAUGAAGCUGAUCUGUACAGAAUUACAGUGGGGUGAAACUGAGAAAAGGGAUCAUUAAUUAGUUGGAUUUUAUAUAUCCUUUAAGAGUAUAUUUGGUUUGAAAACAGUGAAGGGGAUAAGAGAGAAUGCUAUUUCAGCUAAGCAAAAUAAGUCAUUAUGCCAAGGACUUAAUUUGACUAGAUGAAAUAUUUUUUUCUCCCUUCUUCUUCACUUUUCUUAAACCAAACAAGUUCUAUGUUGCUGUUGAUUAAGCUCAUAGUUUAAUUUGUAAUACUUUAUUAUCUUUUAGUUUGUGUUUUAUUUUUAUUUACUGUCUAGACUUUAAGAUGAUAUUUAUUAUAUAAAUUAAUACACUCUUUGUAAGGUUGUGCUAUUGUAUGUAAAAUAUUUUUACAAUAAAAUUGAAGUUUCACU